AUGGAGGCUCAAGGAUCGGGAAAACUUCCUUCUCAAGCAAUCAACCCGAGAGAAAAUGCUAGUGCCGUGACACUAAGACGUGGAAAAUUUUUUAAAGGGGCACCAAGGAAAAUGAAAGAUCAAGUUGAGGAGUCAUGUGAAAAAGAUGAAGCUACGGCUCCAACUGUGGGAUCUAAGGUAGAAUCUAAAAGUUCUAUUUCUACUUAUGUUCCAUCCCCUCCAUUUUUUGGCAGGUUUGCAAAGUCCAAGAAGGAUGAACAUGAGAAAGAAAUCUUGGAGACUUUUCACAAGGUUCAAGUGAACAUACCACUUUUGGAUGCAAUUUAUCAAGUGCCUCGUUAUGCAAAGUUCCUCAAGGAUUUGUGCACUAACAAGCAUAGAUUGAAAGGUAAUGAAGUGGUAAGUAUAAGGGAAAAUAUCUCAGCGGUCUUACAAAAGAAACUUCCACCAAAAUAUAAGGACCCUGGAAGUUUUACCAUCCUUUGCAUUUUUGGUAACACUAGGUUUGAAAAUGCAAUGCUAGAUUUAGGAGCAUCUAUUAAUGUCAUGCCAUAUUCUAUUUAUGCUUCCUUAAAUCUAGGAUCACUUAAAGAAACCGGUGUUAUUAUUCAACUUGCUGAUAGAUCUAAUGCAUUUCCAAAGGGUGUGUUGGAGGAUGUUUUGGUGCAGAUAGAUGUGCAUGAUGGUACAUUGACAAUGGAGUUUGAUGGCGAGAUUAUUCGCUUCAACAUCUUUAAAGCAAUGAGAUAUCCUAGUGAUCUUCACGCUUGUUUUUCAAUUGAUAUAAUAGAUUCAUUAGUACAAAAAGUUUUUGAAUUAUCAAAUGAAGAUGCAUUGGAUAACACUUUGAUUAAAGGCAUUGAUGCCAACAAUCUCACCGGGUUGAGCAAGAAUUUACAAGUUUGCAAAGAUGUUGAAAUCGUGGCAUCACUUGAGUCACUACCAAGUAUUCCACCAAGGUAUGAUAUCUCCUAUAUUACUCUUCCGAUAUCUAAAGAGAAAUUUUUACCUUCGAUGAUGCAAGCCCCCACUUUGGAACUCAAACCUCUUCCCGAGCAUUUGAAGUAUGUAUAUUUGGGAGAGGAAAAAACACUAUCGGUGAUCAUUGCAAAGAAUCUCACAACACCUCAAGAAAAUAGGCUUAUCCGUGUCCUCAAGGAACACAAAAUAGCUAUUGGUUGGACAAUAGCUGAUAUCAAGGGGAUAAGCCCUGCUAUGGGCAUGCAUCGGAUAUUGCUCGAAGAUGAAGCAAAGCCAUCAAGAGAAGCACAACGUCGCUUGAAUCCUCCCAUGAUGGAGGUGGUGAAGAAAGAAAUUUUGAAAUUGCUAGAUAUUGGUGUCAUCUUUCCCAUCUCCGAUAGCAAGUGGGUAAGCUCGGUCCAAGUUGUUCCCAAAAAGUCCGGAAUCACAGUGGUGACGAAUGAAGAGAAUGAGCUUGUACCAACUCAGGUCCAAAUGGGUUGGAAGGUUAACAGGUUGUUGCAAAAGGGGGUGCCAUUUUACUUUGAUGAAGAUCGUAAAAAGGUAUUUGAAAGCUUGAAGGAACUUUUGACAUCGGCACCCAUCAUUCAACCACCAGAUUGGAACAGGCUAUUUGAGUUGAUGUGUGAUGCAAGUGACUUUACAUUGGGAGCCGUUUUAGGGAAACGAGUUGGAAAGAUACUUCAUGUUAUAUAUUAUGCAUCAAGAACUUUGAAUGAUGCCCAAUUCAAUUACUCUACUACUGAAAAAGAGAUUUUAGCAGUUAUUUUUGCUUUAGAGAAAUUUCGUUCAUAUCUUAUUGGCACUAAAGUAACUGUCUUUUUUUAUCAUGCAACUCUUAGGUACUUGCUUGCCAAGAAAGAGGCAAAAUCAACGCUCAUUAGAUGGAUACUCCUCUUACAAGAGUUUGACCUUGAGAUUAAAGACAAAAAAGGGAGUGAAAAUUCUGUGGCCGGCCACCUCAGUCGCCUUAGCCAUGAGAGAGAAACUGUCCCAUUGCAAGAAAGCUUCCCCGAUAAACAAUUGCUUCUUGUCACGGACAGACAUGUCCUUGGUUUGCGGAUAUAG